GAUAAAAGACGGGGUGAGUGAUUAUGGCAAUGUACGUGCAGGAUGACAUGCUUGAGUGGCUUGCGAUAGAGGAGACAGUACGCCUUCGAGAGUCUUCAAGAUUCAACAGAAUCAGAGGAAGCAUACGACAGAAAGGCGCGAGAAGACGGCAAUUGUCAUUAGCGAGCAGAACGUCAAGUAUGCAUUCUCAUGUCGGCUGAAGUGAUAUCAGGCUGAGCGAGUCAUGUUGGUCGUCGGUCGUCGGGGACCGCC